GUGCACUAGCUUAUUGGAUAUUCCUGUUAAAUGCCAAAGAAUUGGUUAGGGAAAACCCGAACCACAUGAAUUAACGCGUUCAAGUUACAAGUUACUAACUUCACUUCACUACUGAAGACCGGCUUUGCUACACGCAAAUCGUCCUCAAAAUUAUCUACUUAAACGUGAAUUAUUUUGAACCAGUUAUUGUUUUAAAGUCAGUGUAUAAUGAUAACCUCAGUGUCAAGUUUAUUGUAAAGAGUGAGUGAAUCAGAAGUGAUUUUUGUGCGUCAAAUUCAGACAAAUUAAGAGAUGAUGGUUACUUACACAACUCUAGCAGUCUUCCUGACAAUCUUCGCUUUUGUUGAAGCUAAACCAAAAUGCAGAACUUUUAGUGAGAAAGACGUCGUCUGUAAGGCUGGCAAGACAGACUACCAACUUGUGAGAGGUCUCGUUUCUGAUAAUAACAGAACCACAGGAAUAACAUUAAGAGCUUGCAGGAUAUAUGACAUUGAAUAUGAAUCUUUCAAUGACCUGAAUUCAUUAUCAUACCUGGACUUGUCUCAAAACAAGAUACAAAGUCUGAAACUUGGUGUUAUAGAUGAACCCAAACAACUAAGUUAUCUUAAUCUUUCAUACAAUCAGUUGACUGAAUUUCCUUUGGGACUUUUUGAUCAGGUCACUAAACUUGAACUCUUAGAUCUAAGAGGAAAUAAGAUUAACAAAUUGGAGCUGGGUAUUUUUGAUCCACUGACUAAACUUAAUUUUGUGGAUCUGUCAAGCAAUGCGCUGGUAGGAAAAGAUCUUAACCCUUAUAUUUUCGAUCAGAGCCCACACAUAACUUUUAUUGAUUUUUCAAGAAAUAAUAUGGAAGGAUCACCUGACAAUUUAUUGCACGCAUUCCAAUCUUUACAAAUCUUAAACCUUGAUAGAUGUUUCUUAAAAGAGGUUCCUAGCUUUGCAACAAAACCUAAUUUGGGAACAAUGAAGCAUUUGAUUUUGUCUACAAAUCAAAUAACGAAGCUCGAUAAUCCUGCUACAUUUGUUAAUCUGGAUAGCUUAGAAUUAUUGGAUCUGACAGCUAAUGUUAUUGAAACGAUAAAUCCUAAUAUUUUUGCACCGUUAAAGAAUCUUCAAAAGGUUGACUUGAAAAAUAACAUUAUGAAGACUAUACCAGACGAUCUAUUCAGAAAUAUGCCGAAGCUGAUUUCAGUUGAUUUGUAUGGAAAUCAGCUUGAAGAAGUGUCUGUGAAUGCUUUUAGAGGAAGUCCUUUGAAGAACUUGAAUUUAUCAAGUAAUAGGAUCACGUAUUUGCAAGACAACUUUUGCCUUGAGUUAAGGAACUCUGGCGGGAAGAUAAAGAAAUUCCUCUUCGACCCAAAUCCAUGGCAAUGUGCCUGUCUGCAUGACUUGCUCAAGGAAGUCAAGAGAUUAGGAAUUGAAUACAACAAAGGAAAAUACGACGGAAAGCGUCCAGUUUGUGUAACAACUGCUGAAUUUAAUUGCAAAAGACAACAGAACUUCAAUGAAAUGUACAUAGACAUGUUUAAUGAUUUAAAGGAAAUACAUAGAAAUUCAAGAUCUGCGUAGCGCCAUCUACCGGUUAAAUAUAGAACUAACAUAAACACGCGAUGGUAGUGACAUCUGUUGAAUUGAAAUGUAAUUAUUCAAGCACUAGUUCCAUGUCUUACUGCUAGGUGUCUCUGAAUAAAGUCUAAGUAAAUUAA